UCAACGCUUUAUUUUAGUUUCAGACGCGCUGUGAGUUGCACGCGCUUGCAGCUCGUCUUUGCAGCCCAACGAGCGAUCGAUUGACAACCAGCCAGCAAUUAAGCACUGCAAUUAAACACUGCAAUUAAGCAAACACAUAACAAAGCGAGCGCCAAAAAUCAGCAUCACCCAAAUCCCGUUUUUGGGAAUUCGGCAUAUCGACUCUUCCGGCUUUGUUUCGAUCGGUAUAAAAGGGAAUCAGGCCGCAAAAUGAUAUUCGGUCGGUGGACGCGAAAACAAAUGCUCACAAUGUUCGGCUUGGGAGCUGGCCUUCUGGGCCUGGUGAUUGUGAUCGGUGUGCUCAACAGCGGCGUGUCCUCGAAGGACCUCGGCCGGAAGGAGGCGUCCACAUCGAAGUGCUUCAAGACUCGUCCCAACACCACGCACUCCACCUUGGAAUUGGUGCACAUUGUGUUCAGGCACGGCAUUCGCACCCCAGUGGACACUUAUCCCAAGGAUCCCUACAGAAACGACGGCUUCAAGCCAACGGGCUGGGGACAUGUGACUAAUUCGGGAAAACGGGAACUCUUCGAAAUGGGUCGCUGGCUGAAUCGGCGGUACGGCGAUUUCAUGGGUCCCUAUUACAGACCGGAUCGCCUGCAUGCCCAAGCCACUGCCUCCCCGAGGGCCAUGAUGUCCUUACAAACAACACUGGCCAGCAUGUUUGAGCCACGGGGCACCCCCAUGGAGUGGAAUAAGCACCUCAACUGGCAGCCCAUUCCAAUCGUGUCGGAACCUCUGGACGAGGACUCGCUCCUGCUGGUGCGUACUCCCUGUCCCCGGUACUUUGAGGCCCUGGAGGAGGUCUUCAAGAGACCGGAAGUCAUCGCCGAAACUGAGCCCUACGAGCAAAUGUUCCGCGAGCUGACCAACCUGACUGGAAAGCCGAUCCAGAGUGCCGAGGAUAUCAACUCCCUCUACAUAACCCUCCUGGCCGAACAGGAAUUCGGCUACAAGUUGCCCGAUUGGGCCAAGGACUACUUCCCCGAUCGCAUGCAGUUCCUGGCCGAGCAGAGUUACGUCUACAAUGCGUACACCCCCGAGAUGCAGAAAAUCAAGGGCGGUCCAUUUCUGGGGAGGAUGUACAAGGAGAUGUUUGCCAAGAGGGCGGGAAGCCUGCGGCCCAAGGAUCGCGGAAUGUUCAUAUACACGGGCCACGACUGGACCGUGGGCAACAUCCUUAUGGCCUUGGGUGUGUGGAAGCGCCAGAUGCCCCGGUUCGCGGUGAUGGCCAUUUUCGAGACGCACAGGGAUAGGGAAACCGGGGAAUACUAUGUGGAGAUCUUCCUCCGCAACGACGAGCACGGCUGCCUCGAGCAGCUCCAGCUGAAAGACUGCGACCGCCGUUGUCCACUGGACCGGCUCAUCCAGCUGAGUGCCGACGUGCUGCCCACGGAGCCGGCGGAGCAGCGGUGCCGGCCACAUGACGGGAGCUUCGUGGAGCCACCACCGCGCGUAAUCGAUCAGAAUGGCCGUUAGCAAUUGCGAGAAGCAGUUGCCAGCUCAGUAUUACAAAAGCACAGUGCAAUAAAAAUCCCCAAAAGUA